GAAAUGGAACCAGCUUGAUCGGCAGACCACCUUUUUUCUUUCUCAUCGUCGACAAAUCCGCGUGUACUUGUCCACCAUGACGUAUCUCGUGGGUCGUUCCUUGAACUGGGCCAUCACGGCCACCGCCGGAUCGGGCUUCCUCCUCUUCGGUUAUGACCAGGGCGUCAUGUCCGGUCUGCUGACCGGCGAUGCCUUCACGAAAAACUUCCCCGAGAUCGACACCACCGAAGGCGGCACGGGAAGUUCCUCGCUCCAGGGGACAGUCGUUGCAAUCUACGAAAUCGGCUGCUUCUUCGGUGCCCUCAUCUGCUUCUUCGCCGGCGAACGUCUCGGCCGGCGGAGGUCUAUCUUGAUUGGCUGCGUCAUCCUGAGCAUCGGGGCUGCCCUCCAGGCCAGCGCAUACGGUAUCCCGCAGAUGAUUGUCGGCCGCAUUGUCGCCGGUCUGGGUAAUGGCAUGAACACUGGCACUAUUCCUGUGUGGCACUCGGAACUCAUGCACGCGCACAAUCGAGGCCGCGGUCUUGCCAUCGAGCUCGCCAUCAACAUCUUCGGUGUCAUGCUCUCGUACUGGGUCGACUACGGCAUGAGCUACGUCUCCAACGAAUCACAGUUCCGCUUCCCGCUCGCGCUUCAGAUCCUCUUCGCCAUGGUCACCUUCCUGGGCAUCAUGUUCCUCCCAGAGUCUCCAAGAUGGCUUGUCGCCCACGACCGCCAUGACGAGGCCCGGCAGAUCCUCUGGGCUGUCAGUAAGGACGCGAAGGAGAUCGAAGUUACCGACCCAAAGGUUACUCGAACCCUAGAUGAGAUUUCCUACGCGGUAAAGGUAGAGCGCGAGGCCGCUGCUGGUGGAAGUUUCCGGGCCAUGUUCCAGAAUGGAGAACAAAAGUUCUUUUAUCGAACCAUGCUCGGUAUUGGUGGCCAGUUCAUGCAACAGCUAUCGGGUAUCAACUUGAUCACCUAUUACGCCCCUGUCAUCUUCCAAGAUUCAGUGGGCAUGUCUCAUCGGCUGUCUCUCCUGCUUGCCGGGUUCAACGGGAUUGCCUACUUCUUCUCCUCUCUAAUCCCCAUAUGGAUCAUUGAUCGACUCGGCCGGAGGAAGCUCAUGCUCUUCGCUGCUGCCGGGCAGUGCGUUUGCAUGGCCGUGCUCGCGGGGACUGUCUCCAACGGCAGCCAACCUGCAGGCGUGGUCGCCAUCGUCAUGCUCUUCCUCUUUAAUUUCUUCUUCGCUGUGGGAUUGCUGGCGAUUCCCUGGCUAUUGCCCGCCGAAUAUGCGCCCCUUGCCAUCCGCACGCGAGCCGCGGCUCUUGCUACUGCCUCCAACUGGAUCUUCACCUUCCUCGUUGUCGAGAUCACCCCCGUCAGCAUCCACAACAUCGGAUGGAAGACCUACAUCUACUUCAGCGUCUUCAACUUCUUCUUCCUGCCCCUGAUCUACUUCUUCUACCCGGAGACACAGAACCUCAGCCUGGAGCAGAUCGAUAAGCUCUUCACGGGCGCCAAGAUCAAGCUCCACUGGGAGGCGAGUAUGGGGGUCCCGGGCGAGGUGCAAUCGGCGUCGGAUAAGGACUCGGAGACCGAGAUUGGUACCGUUGAGAAUCCUGAGGCAGAUGGAAAGGAGCGUUUCCAAUCGUAGGAAGAUUUCAUGAGGUCGGCCGCAUAGCAUAGCUACGACACCACUCACUCUGUAACUAGUAGUGUAAUAAUGAGACAACGCACUUAACAA